UUCUCCAGUCCGCUAGAGGCGCCAAAGGUCAUAAACACUCUUCAGCACUCGACUCUGAAUGUCACCGACAUACAAGCGAACGAGGAAGUGUUGAAGAAUAAAUUUGAGCUCUAUUUUUCUCUGCUAAACUCAUAUUUUCAUCUGUUGAAUGUUCGGUUGCCAUGGAGACACCUGAGCCCGGUCAGGCAGAUGGAGAGGAGCGGAUGAUGGACCUGAGACCCAGGACCCGGUCCAAUCCGGAGGGCGCGGAGGACCGGCGCAGCAGCACCGGCAGCCUGAACAACAGCAGCUUGGCAUCCCCCCCGCAGCCGGCUGUGGGCAGCCGUGUUGAGGGAGAGGGGGAGGCCUCCAGCUCCGAUAGCCCCCCGGUUUCUGCCACCACCAUCACAGCCGCUGCGCCUGCUCCUGUUGCUGCAGCAGGAAACACCACGGCCAGCAUGCCUGCGCUGGCUUCUGCAGUGAAGGAAAGACCGAAACCCCCUCAGCCGUCCAUGGCCACCCAGAUCCCCCCAUCAGCAGAGCUACACCUGCGGGCUCCACGAGUCAACUGCCCAGAGAAAGUCAUCAUCUGUUUGGACCUUUCAGAGGAGAUGUCUCUACAAAAGCUGGAGUCCUUCAAUGGAUCCAAGACAAACGCCUUAAAUAUUUCACAGAAAAUGAUUGAGAUGUUUGUGAGAACCAAGCACAAGAUUGACAAAAGGCACGAGUUUGCUCUGGUGGUGGUGAACGAUGAUGCCAUGUGGUUAUCAGGCUUCACCUCUGACCCGCGAGAGCUGUGCAGCUGUCUGUAUGACCUGGAGACCAACGUCUGCGAGUCCUUCAAUCUGGAAGAUCUCCUCAAUGUCAUUUUGCAGAAAAUUGAACUUCCUCAGAUGGAGAACAUUCAGACCAUCCCGCCUCCUUUCGUAGUUCGGACUCUCCUCGUCUUCAGCCGUCAUGCUGGCAUGCUUCAGUUCAAUCCUCCUGAUGCUGUCAAAAAAAUGCUACAGUCUCCGUAUUUCUUCUUUGAUGUUGUGUAUCUUCAUAAUGGAACUGAAGAACAGACAGAGGACACUAGCUGGAAGGACGUGUAUGCCUCCUUCAGCGAGUUGGACUCUAAGGGCAUGUGUUAUCAGUUUGAGGUGUCACUGUGUGGUCCUGCUAUUGAGCUGCAUAACUGCAUGGCCAAACUGCUGUGCCACCCACUGCAGAGACCCUUCCAGAGCCACGCGUCCUACAGUCUGCUGGAGGAUGACGAACACACGCAAGAGAAUGAAGCCACAGUGUGAGCGUGAGCCCUCAAAAUACCUAGAUCUCCUAGAGUAAUAACCAGAGACUUAUGAACUCCAAAACGAAGGAGUGACCUGUGAAUAACUGCAUAUAAAUGCCCUUGUCCACUAUGUCUUUUAUUUCUUUUGAAAACUUGGUGUCUUAAUUUACUACACUAGCUCAAGACCCUAUUGUGGAACGUUCAAGUUUUGAUGGUUUGAUCUUCGCACAAGCUAAGCUAACCAAAUAGUUUUGAGAAUGUCAACUGUAAAUGUUCUGGUUUCUGAAAACUUGUGAGAGAGUCAUUUAACAUCCAUUUGAUAUGUGGCGGAGAUUCACAGAUGAGCUCAUGUGAUGGUUUUGCUAAUGGUUUGGUGAGAGUUUAUCUGGACAGCAUCUAAUAAAUGCUGUUUUCUUGCUCCUUUUAAAUAAAUUAAAUGCUCUGUGGGACUCAUUUGCUAAACAGGCAAGAGAGGUUCCUUAUACACGGACCACAAAAACGUUAUGGUUGCAGAGAAACUGCAUCAAAAUUGUUGUAAAAGACAAGGCAAUUGAACUGAAAAUCAAUAUUUAGUGGGAAGUAAUAGAUGAGGCUUGAUGCUGUUCAUCAUAAUUUGAUUAGAUAGUGAAAAGCAUUCUAUAAUAUUAUCAGUUAAUAUUAUUUACAGAAUCCCACAUAAACAUUUUGUAUUGAUGUAUGAGGCACUGAAUUGUUUGUGCUGUACUAAAUGUAUAUCCUGGUAAUAAAGUUUUGGAAAGAUCCAGUGAAUUUUA